GUCGUUGCUAUAUUUAGCACGAGUGUUGCUUUUUGAUCUGCUUAAGGCAGCAUUGAGUUUCACAGGUUUUUACACUUCUGCAGAAAAUGCGUGAAAUGUUUUCACACGUGCUGGAAUGAGAAGAAUAUAUUUGAUAUUUCAUCUGGAAAAAAAAGGGAAUUGUAAAAAAACAGAUGCCACAACCAGGAUCUUGUGGUUUUUAAGUGUUUCUGUAGUUUAAAAUAUGUGUUUUUAUUUCGCUGUUUAAUUAAAAUGGAAAUGCCAUAAUUAUCUGUGCCAAGUGCGUAUAUAUAUCAUGAAUUUAAAGCAAAUUGAUAUGGUUGGGUAAUUGUUAUGUAAUUGCUCUUUUUUUUUUCUUUUUCUAUUAACUGUAUAAACAACUAAAGGAAGAAAUUCAUAAUUUGAAAAUUAAUUUUCAGGACUAAUUCAUCCCUCCUUAAUAUCCCUCAACUUUCCAAUUACCAUUAUAGUUUGGGGUUUAUUGGAUUAAUCCAUUCAAAUCGUGUUACGGACCAAUUUCCCAUAUUGCAUCUGGGGCUUUCCAUCAGGCAGGUGCACAAUCUGAGUUCUUGGAAAACAAGCCAAGCCGAGUGAUUUAACAGGGAUCAGAAAUGAUAAGAUCGGUGACGCUGCUGUGUCCUGAGCUGAGCAGAUUCAGUCUGUGGCCUCACAGUAGUUUCACCAAAGCUGGACUUCAUUUAGGCACCAUGGACAUCAACAGCUCCGGCUCCCAUCCUCCAUCCAUCCACGCCGAGGUGGUGACUAUCACGCCCACCAUCUUCCCUCGGGUGGGCUACAGUAUACUUUCUUUCCUCAUGUUCAUCAACACAGUGUUAACAGUCUUCAACAACGGUCUCGUCAUCACCGUGUUGCUGAGGAAUCCGUCUCUCCUGCAGCCCAUGAACGUUUUCAUCCUCAGCCUGGCCGUGUCUGACCUCAUGAUAGGCCUCUGCGGCUCCCUGAUCGUCACCAUCACCAACUACCACGGCUCUUUCUUCCUCGGCCAUUCAGUCUGCGUGUUUCAAGGAUUUGCAGUCAAUUAUUUCGGUAAGCAGAGUUGUUGUGUUGUAUAGACUUUUGGAGAGAAAUUUUGUUUUCUCUGCGCCUGGAGGUCCGUCAUUGCAAAACACAAUGCACACAGUUGUAAAGCUAAAAUAUUGAUCCUAUUUUGUCACUUCACUUCGUCUCAGAAUGUAUUGUGGCUUUACAAACAUAUUUAUAUUUUGUUGGUGUCUUUUUGAUGCUUUUUGAAAAUGUCUCUACUGUUAACGGAUCUUUGCAAAUGUCAUGUUUACUUCCAAAUUUGUUCUUCUGACUUGAAGUUAAUUCUUGACUUUAGACACAAACUGUAAUUCAACAUAAACUUAGUAGCUUUUUCUAGCUUUCAACAACAUUUCAUGGUCUUCUCAGAGAAUGGAGUUUGCUCACUUGUUAUGGAGAUACUCUCUAUAUGACAACUGAGCAAACUUUAUUCUCUGAGAACAACCAUGUGAUGUAGUAAAAAGCUCUAGAAAACAUAAGUGGACCUUGAGCUAAGAUGUAUUUAUUUUUCUGUCCUAGGUCUGGUGUCUCUCUGCACUCUGACCCUGCUUGCCUACGAGCGUUACAACGUGGUGUGCAACCCCAGAGAUGGUCUCAAGUUGAGCAUGCGGAGAAGCGUCGUCGGGCUGUUACUCGUCUGGAUCUUCUGCUUGUUCUGGGCGGUGGCUCCAUUAUUCGGCUGGAGCUCAUACGGACCCGAGGGAGUCCAGACCUCCUGCUCUCUGGCCUGGGAGGAGAGAUCGUGGAGCAACUAUAGCUACCUCAUCCUCUACACACUCCUCUGCUUCAUUUUCCCUGUUGCAGUCAUCAUCUACUGCUACUCCAGAGUGCUCACAUCCAUGGAUAAGCUGAACAGGAGUGUUGAGCUGCAGGGUGGGCGUUCCAGGCAGAAGGAGAAUGAUCACGCCAUCAGUAUGGUCCUGGCCAUGAUGAUAGCUUUUUUUGUUUGCUGGCUGCCCUACACGGUGCUGUCAGUGGUGGUAGUCGUGGAUCCAGAGCUCUACAUCCCUCCACUGGUCGCUACCAUGCCCAUGUACUUUGCCAAGACCAGCCCUGUCUAUAACCCCAUCAUCUACUUCCUAUCCAACAAGCAGUUCCGUGACGCCGCUCUGGAAGUGCUGACGUGCGGCCUCUACAUCCCCCAUGCGCCCACUGCUGUCAGCAUCAACAUGCGCUCCUUCAACCGGAGAAGCCGACUGACUUCCUUUAGCAGGAAUGUCAACUUACACAGCAAGGUGUUGCCUCUGUGACCUUCUCCAGCAAAAAACAUGGUUGUCAGUGUUUAUCGGUGCCUCAUCAAGGACGCAGAGCUGCACAUGUACAGGCCCAUGUCUCUCAGAGAGGUCUUCAGCUCAGUGAGAACACUCAGAUCAGAGACUGAUGGCUGAUUUUGAGGAGGCGGACAAAAUAGGAGGAAAACCUCAUGAAACACAGUAAUGCAAUCCAAUACACCCGAGAAAAAAAGUUGUUUUGGUAUUUUAUUGAAUUGCAUUAUAUUGCAAGGUGUUCCUGUAGUUAUUGUAUUUGGUUUUAUUUCUGUGAUUUGUUUAGAUCAAUAAACUGUUCCCUAUUUCAUACUGAUGUUUGCAGGUGUGUACUGUAUGCAUGCGGGGAACUAGCCAAAAAGAAAGGAGAUUCUGCAUAUAGAUAUACAGUAUAAGUAUUAUAAGGAAGUCAAAUACAGCCGGACUGCAGAGAAAGAGAGCCUGUGAGGAAGUGACCUUUGACGCCUGAAUUUUUGUUCAUAACUAAAAUGCACUUGAUCUGUUUUCAUGUUGUGUGAAAAGAUACUUCCUCCUUUCUGAAAGUCAGUUAGAUGUUCAACUCUUUUGGGGGUGUUGGGUAAUUCAUUCUGUCUGCCUUUUGUGGGAACAAAUACUCAGAUUUUAUGUGAGUUAUACACAUACUGCACAGCACCUCUACCCUUGUAAUAGUGUUAUGGAAAUAAAUUAAAUCAAUGUCAACAAUAGCCAGCCAAGUCUUGCCUUUUGCCACCUCACACACUUCCCGUAAGCCUGCUGCACAAAACACAUACCAUUAGAUUGCUGCAGUGUAUACAGACAUAAUAUUCACUUAUAAGCACCUGUGUGAAUACAGGAUUUACUCUAUUACACAACUAUUUAUCAGUUGCAAGGACGCUGCCAAAGCAACAUAAUAUGCUCUCUCUCAGAUUGUUCAGCUGGCCUAAUACACAAGAAUAACAAUGAAUAUAAAUCAGUUCUGCAAUACCCACAAAAUAAAAAACAAAUGGGAAAUUUGGGUGCACUUGUUUAGCGAGCGUGCUAUGCAUUUCACCUUGUGUAGGUUUUAAAGGGGACCUAUUAGGCUUUUGUGCUUUCUCCCUUUCCUUUAGGGUGUUUUUUGUGCAUGUGAAAGGUC